UGGCUUUCCCCUCGGACGACGAUGACAAGAUCGUCGGGGGCUACACCUGCGCGGAGAAUUCUGUGCCUUACCAGGUGUCCCUGAACGCUGGCUACCACUUCUGCGGCGGCUCCCUCAUCAGUGACCAGUGGGUGGUGUCCGCGGCUCACUGCUACCAGUACCGCAUCCAGGUGAGGCUGGGAGAACACAACAUCGACGUCGUGGAAGGUGGUGAGCAGUUCAUCGACGCGUCCAAGAUCAUCCGCCACCCCAAGUACAGCAGCUGGACUCUGGACAAUGACAUCCUGCUGAUCAAACUCUCCACGCCUGCGGUCAUCAAUGCCCGGGUGUCCACCUUGGCUCUGCCCAGCGCCUGUGCACCUGCAGGCACCGAGUGCCUCAUCUCUGGCUGGGGCAACACCCUGAGCAGCGGCGGUGAGUGGGAUCCUCACGUCUUCACCCUCUGA